UUAGUAAUUAGAAAUGCAAACUUAUUAAAUAACAAUGAUGAUAAUUGUUUACUUCUUUAUAAUAAAUUCAUUGACUAAGUGAUUUUUUUUUUGUUGCUAUGACUAAGAAUUGUUUUAUGUUAAAUUCACUGAAUUUCUGAAGAUUUUUCUUCAUUGAAGUAGCUUAUGAUAAUGGAAUGAGACUAAUUUUGUGGUAUUAAGUUGAUCAUAAACAACACUAAACAAAGUGUCGCUGAUUGAGGCCCAUGUAUGCAAUAGCAUCAUUUUGAGCUUUUCUCAUGCUAAGGCCUCCAUCCUUGGAUUACACAUGAAUUGUCCUCUUUUUCAGUUUGUUACAAGUAAAUACCAAUGAGUUUUGACACUUUUUUUUUUUAACAAUUAGUACACAAGCAAAAUGCCUAGUGUAAUCUUUAUUUUUUUAUGGAACUUUAUUAGAGAAAAAAACAAGUCUUAAAGUGCUCAACAUAUGGUAAUCAUGAUUAUUUGAGGACUUAGGAGGAGUCAACAUUAGGAAGAUUUGAGUUUCGGGAGAGAACACAAGGAUUGUUAAUUGGUUUGCACGUGAGCAAGGUUGAUUACAAAUUCAGAUGUGUAACAGAUAAUGCAUUGGUUUUGAUUAAACCAGUGUAGCUCAUUUGCUUUGUUGAGGACUUUCUGUACAUGGAUAAUAUAUAGGAGGCUAUUUGUAUAUCUUUCAUCCCAUACAACAUACAUCGUUGUGCAAGCUAGGUUCUCCUAUUGACGCUCCUAUUUGAGGCAUCACAUCACCGACCCACACUUUAGCGUCAUCACCCUUCUUGGCAUUUGUGGAUGAAAAGUGUCAACAUCUCCAUCCACUUUGAUGCUUCAUUGUCCUUCAGUGUCGAUUGCAUCAUUGUGGCAACCACACGUAGGUGAUGCUAGGAAUUAAUUUGAAUUUGAAUUUGAAUUUUUGAGUCUCGAUUGAUUUUGGUAAUUGCCCAAUUUAGGUGUCAAAGUUUUAUAUCUUUGGCAAUUUACCAUACGACACACUUAUAAAAAUACUCAAUAUGCACACGUAACUUCCAUAUUUACCUAAGAGACUUUUUUUAUUGAAAUAUCCUCCCUCUUAUUACAUCUGUUAUUCCAACUUGAACUGGACCAAACCGAAAAAAAUCUCACCUUGGGAAAAAAAAACUUCAGUAGCUCGCGACUAUCUAGACUGCAAGCAUUCUCAGCCGCGAGUGUGCUGCCAAGCGGUCGUGAAAUCAUGGCAAGCCUGUCAUGAUUCUGCGAUCAGACAACAAGCAUUCGUGGUGGACACAAUUUUGCAACUUGUGGCGAUUCAAUUUAUUGAAUCUGGUAAAGUUACAAAGGAGAUUUGCCCCGCCAAUCCAUUGAUCACAGCCAAAUCUUGUGGCAAUUCAACAUCGAUCAUCUUGGAGCUCUCAGGUGAACUACCAGAAAAUAAAAUCAACAACCAAAACAUUGCAGCAAAUAAUCCUGCGGACAAUAUAAUUUUGGAAUUUGAACAAUUUAUUAAGCAGAAAAGCUUCACAAGAGCUCAAUGCGAGCAUUUGAUAAGUAUACUGCAGUCAAGAAUUGUUGAUUCAGAUUCGAUGAAAUCUGGAGCAAGUGGCAUGAAAAAUGAUGACGUAGUUGUUCCUCUGCGAGCAACAAUAUCUCACCAGGAAUCUAUUCCUGAUGAUCAUACUGUUCCAUCAGUCGAACUUGCAAGAGAAUAUAUGCGCUUCAAGAUCCCAAAUGCAUCUCCUUUGCAUCAAAAUUUGCAGAACCAUAUGUUUCAUGAGAAUAAACAAGUGCAAAGUAAUUCAAAUUCAGCAAAAAAGUUCAGCCUUAAUGGUCAAAAGCCUCCCAUUCUAUCUCAUGUAUCUGCUGAGAUUCCUGAAAAUAACUAUUUCACUCCAGGAUCUGUUCGAACAUCUGGAAUCUAUAAAAUGCCAGGGUCUUCUUAUGUUAAGGGUGAGGGAUCUUCCAAAGAUGGUUAUGUUGGGUCCUUGUCUCUUAAGACAUCAGGCACCAAUCAAAAUGUGGGACAGGUGUUGAAACGAAGAAAUUCAACAUUGUACGAUAAAUUUCGAUCAACUUGUCCCAUACGAAGAGUUCGUCAAAAGCUCGGUCUGAAUUCUUCAAAAAGAAUCAUCCAUUCAGUUCUUCCUGGAAAUGUUGAGCUUUGUACCUCAACUGUAUUCAAAAAAGAUUUUCAAGAUAAUCCAUCACCAAAUCAAAGGCUUAAUUGUUUAGAUGGACAUGAGGAAAGUAUUUUUAAGAAAAGAUCCAGCUGUGAUAUUGCCCCAGCUUUAGCUCAAUCAACUAAGAUGGAAAACCAAAUCUUCCAACACCUACAUGAGUUAGCACCUUCACCAAAGAGAAAAUCACUAGAUAAUCCCCUUGAUGUAACAAUUGCUGAUGGCUUUAUCUAUUCUUUAUCUCAUAAUCAAGAAGGGGUUGGAGUGCUUGAGGAGGACGCAUCAACUUCUUCAGGAGUCAAAUCUAUAAAUGCAACCAAUGAUAUUAAUUUAGUACCUGGUGCUGCUACCAUACACGGUAAUAAUGCUGUUGAUGCUGGAAUCUCAAAUUGCAAAGCAAUUUCUGGGAAUCACAAGCCAUCUUUUCAGAAAAGAGAAUCUGAGGAUAAAGUGAUGGAUCCUUCAUCUCAACUCAAGCAUGAAGAUGAGUCGAAUAUUUCUCAGCAUAAAGCUAUCCCAUCAACAAGAACUGAGGGAUCUCCUCCAACUGUGCUUGCAAACUUUCCUUCAACAUCUGUAUUCUCUAAGGCAUCUGAUCUGAAGCCUUCCAUUGAUUCUGUUGCCAAGUAUAGCAAGGGUUUUACUUUUCCCUCUAUGCCUUCUUCCUUAACUUCUCAACCACCGCCAACACCUACUAUGCCAAGACCUUUAGUUCAGAAGCUUGUGACACAAAAAGAACAUGGUAUGACUCCUUCAUUUACCUCAGCCUCCAUGGGAGCUAAAAGAGCUUUAUUUUCUUUACCUACGACAAAGGACAAUUCUCACGCUUCUAUGCUAGAAAAUGGCACAAGGUUAAGCAAUAAUUCAACGUCAUAUGUAGCAGGAAUAUUUUCCACCAUUCCUACACUCGACUUUGGAUCUACAUCCUUGAUCAUUUCUUCCGCUUUGGCAUCUCAACCAUUGAAUGUAGUCAAUGAUACAAAUUUGGAAGGAAAGCCUCACAAUGAAUCACCUGUGAAUUCAAAUAGUUCCAGUCAUGAUAACACUACACUUUUUAAUUUUGGAAGCAAAUCCUCUGCAUCAGCUGCUGUGUCUCAGUUUCCAGGCACUGACAGUGGCUCUGUUUUAGCAGCAACUAGUCUUCCCAAUUCUGCAGUCGGUUCUACUGCUGCAUCAAGUCUGCCUCCAGAUAGUAGAAACCCAUCUUCACUAGCUGCAAAAACAUUAUCAGAUGGAAGCAAUAAUCUUAAUUUCAUUUCAUCCAAGUCUAAUAAGUUAGAUUCAUUGUAUCCGGACAACAGUGCCAACAGCUUGUCUAGUGUUAAUGUUACUGGAUUUGGUGGAACUCGUGCAACUCAAGUUGAAAGUCCAACCUCACAAAAUUCUACCUCAGCAAGUCUGUUCCAAUUAACAUAUGGGAACAAAGUUAACAGUGGAUUUGAUAUGGCAACAUCCACAGGCCCAAGCAUUGGAAACAGUUCUGCUGCUGUAUCAAGUCUGUUUCCUAGUGCUCGAGGGAGCCAAUCUGCUUUUUCACCUACUUUAUUAGGUGCAAGUGACCAUAAGUUUAAUUUCAGUUCAACAAAAUUUGAUAAUCUAGCCUUAUCGGAUCUGCACAAUGGUGGCAAAACCUCUCCUCUUGCUACUUCCCCUGGGUUUGCUGGAACUCUUUCAACUCAAGUUGAAAGUGGAAGCUAUGACAGUUUAGCGAGUCAAGUCCAGUCAACAUCUGGACACAGAGCUGAUGGUUGUGCUGUUUCUGCAGCACCCAGUAUUUCAAGCUUUGCAAUCACUUCAUCUCUUGCAUCAAGUCUGUUUCUGCAUGCUAGUGGAAGCCAACUAACUGUUGCACCUACAACAAUAUCUGGUGCAAGCAACAACCUUUUCAGUUUUAUUUCUAAACCCAGAGACACUGGCUCUUCGAUUCUGGAUAACACCCAACAGUCCCUCCCAGGUGUUAUUGUUACUGGAUUUAGUCGAACUCCUCCAACUCAAGUUCAAAGUGGAACCUCACUUAUUUCUAGUAGCUUGACGAGUCAGCCACAGUCGUUCAUCCCCUCUUCAACUAUGGGAAUGGACAUUUCUUCCUCAUCGAGUUUGGGCAGCUCAUUUUUUGGAACAGUUUGCAAUCCUUUCAUCUCAAGUUCAUCUUUUCCCAUGGAUGCUGUUUUUUCCAGUCCCUGUACUGCUGCUGCUGCUACUACCUUUCCUUUGGCAACGAUCUCUAAUUUGUUUGGUUUGAAUUCUAAACCGCCAACGUUGCCUACUUCUGGUCUUUUUGUUUCUAGUGCAUCUUCUCAAAAUUCUGGAUUUCCAUUUUCCACACCAUUUAUAUUUAAUUCGUCUUCCAAUUUGGCAUCUUCUUUUAGUUCUGCUGCUAGUACUUCAUCAGUCUUUUCUAGACAUCCCACAUUUGGCUUGCAGAAUUCAGCAGCUGGUACCAGCACAGCUGGGGGCAAUGAGAUGAGUAUUGAGGAAACUGGAGACAAUAACCAGUUAGCGGAUAGUAUGUUUCAACAUUUGGGCCAGCCAGGAACUUCACCAGCUGGACCAGUGUUCAGUGUGCCGGCAGUUCAACCUGCUUCACCAGUCUUUCAGUUUGCUGGUCAACAGAACUUCCCGUCUCCAGUUCCUCCAAAAUUUCAACCAUCUGGCAGUGUGGAGUUCCCUCAAGGAGGAAGCUUUGCCUUUGGCAGUGGUGGUGGUGGUGUUGACAAAUCCAGCCGCCGAAUAAUAAGGGUUAGAAAAGACAAGAUGCGGAAAAAAUAG